GUCCGGUGUGUGGCGCAAGAUGGCCUACUUGAACGCGACCAAGGGUCCCAACGCCAUCCUUUUUGGCACCGGUGAAUACACCACUGGGUUGACACCAUCUGGCCAAGCAAAAUCUGACAAAUCUUUGGGAGUGGUUGGUUUGACCUUUUUUGAUCUGCGGGCCAGAGGCAAAAUCGGGGACCGCAUCGCCUUGGUGGGCACCAGUGCAGAAAAGGAAUCGAAGAUCAGGGACCACUUUAGGGACAAUCUCACCUUCACCAACAUUGGAAGCAAAGAGUUCGAAUUCUUUCCAAAGUCUGGAAAGAACCCAAAGGCAUAUGAGGAAGCUAUCAAAGCUUUCACACCAGGUGAUGUGUGCACUGUGUUCACGCCAGAUGACACUCACUUUGAAAUCUGCAAGGCCGCCUUGCAAGGUGGACUCCAUGUCUUGGUGACUAAGCCGAUGGUCAAGACCCUGGCCCAGCACAAGGAGCUAGUGGGUAUCGCUAAGGAGAAAGGCGUUCUCUUGCAGAUUGAGGUCCACAAGCGCUUUGACCCCAUCUAUAACGAUGCGCGACAGCGCCUUCAGACUCUGGGGAACUUUGGGUACUUUACCUCCUUCAUGUCUCAGCCCAAAAUGCAGCUCGAGACCUUUCGCGAUUGGGCUGGUAUCUCUUCUGACAUCUCGUACUAUCUGAACUCUCAUCAUGUUGACUUCCAUGUUUGGGCCAUGCAGGGUAUUGCCAAACCUGUCAGCGUUUAUGCCACAGCGUCUACAGGGACAGCUGAGAAGAUCCUAGGGCGGCCUUGCGAGGACACCAUCACAUUGAAUGUGGUGUGGCAGAACCAUUCCGGGAGCACAGGACAUGCGUUGUAUACUUCAUCUUGGACAGCCAGCAAGUCGGAUGUGCACUCGCAGCAGCGUUUCUUUUGUCAGAUGGAGACGGCGGAAGUGACCGUUGACCAGGCUCAUCGUGGCUACUAUGUGGCCGAAGAUGGCGUGGGGUUCAACUCGUGUAACCCGCUCUUCAUCAGAAACAAGCCGGACUCAAUGGGGCGCUAUGUUGGGCAAGGCUGCUAUGGGUACAUCACCUUUGAACGCUUCGUGGAAGCAGCUUCGGCCAUCACCAAGGGCUCUGCAAAACCCAGUGAUUUCGAUACUGAACUGCCAACUGGCUACUCCACCCUUCAGGUUACGGCCAUCCUGGAGGCUGGUCGAAAGUCAUUGGAUGAAAACAGGGUGGUUACCAUCAUCUACGAUGACCAGGGCGAGGUUGAUCGCCUCGAUUAGGCUGGCGGCGUUGCUGGGAAGGUCUCUUUUGAUAUGAAGCAUAGCCUACAGAGCAGCAAAGGGAUAC